UAUCGACUUAGGUAUAAACAAACCAGUCUAGUCAGUAUCAAAAUGGCUUCACGAGCGAUUGGUCGCGUCAUCUUCCUAUAUUUAGUUAGUGUAGAAUUAGUGAGUGCACAAUAUACCAUUCCGGAUGUAACAAUACAGGCUUUGAAACCAAAAGGAAUCAGAGUUUCUAUACCAGAUUCUCCAGGAGUGACCUUGUUUGUUUUCCAAGGAAAUGUCAAUAAGAACAUAGCAAACAAGGACGUUGGUCUCAUAACGGGAGAAAUAACCAACCCCACGAAUGGAAGAUGGCUAUUCGAGGAUUUGGACGUGGAACUGAAAAUUGGGGAUGUGGUCAACUACUAUGUAUUCGUUGUGAGCGAUAAGAAGGGUUACAUGAAGGAUUCUUUGACCUUUACUGUGAAAGUUUUAGAGGACCCUUCUUCUAUACCUACCGCGGAAGGAAACUGCGAGCCUACUCAGACGCUAGUGAGAAAUGGUCAAGCGUGCGCCGGCAAGAUCAUAUUCGAAGAUAAGUUCGACUCGCUACGGGAAGAUGUGUGGCAAAUUGAGCAAUACAUACCUGAUGAACCUGAUUACCCAUUCGUUUCAUACCAACGUCCUUUCAACGCGCAAACGGUGUCGGUUCAAGGUGGAAAUCUACGCAUUGAACCCAAGCUACAACAAAACAUACCAGGCUUUAGCAACUCGUCUAUAGAGAUGGGCGUAUUGGAUCUAUUUAGUGGCUGUACGGCUACUUCGACGAAAUGCCGCGCAGAGGCGUGGGGUGCAAGUAUUCUACCGCCCAUAGUCAGUGGCAGGCUGACGUCAAAGACGUUUGCUUUUACAUACGGCGUUGUGGAAAUACGCGCUAAACUACCACAAGGAGAUUGGUUGUAUCCAGAUAUACUUCUGGAGUCUUUCCUGAAGAAAUAUGGCGUUCUUAACUACGCAUCAGGGGUUGUGAGGAUCGCCGGAGCUCGGGGCAAUGGACAGCUGUCGGAUCGAAGCUUUGAUAUUGGAAACAAAAUGCUGUAUGGUGGUGUAUUGAUGGAUGCCAAAUGUCGAGAUGUUCUACAAGGAAGCCGACCCUCCAGUCGGCCGUGGGGUGACGAAUUCCAUGUUUACACUGUUCGAUGGACACCAGAUGAAAUAACGUUAUCGGUAGACGGCGAGGAAUGGGCCAGGUUCGCUCCAACUGGGGAAGGUUUGAGAGAUUCCUUCUCUACCUCGUGCGACGUCCCUCGAAGCGUGCUCGCCACUGGCUCCAAGUUAGCGCCAUUCGACGAUCAUUUCGUGAUAACUCUAGGAGUGGCAGCAGGAGGCAUCACGGAGUUUCCAGAUGAUGUGACCUCAGGAGGGAAACCAAAGCCUUGGAGAAACACAAGUAGGAAGGCUAGUCUUCUGUUUUGGCAAGACAUGGCCUCGUGGAUAGAAACAUGGAGGCAACCUGCCCUUCUUGUCGACUAUGUGACUGUCCGAGCUUUGUGAACAUCGAAAAAUAUUUUCUAAAGCCCGCUCUACACUCGCGCCAUGACUUACCGCGAACGCCGCGAUAGCAGCCGAUGGUGCCGGUAGUUCGCGUUCACGCUUUACAGUGUUUCCGUAUCCGGAGGGUGCGAAUGGGACCAAGCCUCCGAUGUCCAUUUGUUUGUCUGUCAGUGGGUUGUAUAUCGUAAACCAUAAUAGGUAGAGAGUUGAAAUUUUCACAGAGUUUGAAGUUCUAUUGCCGCUAUAGCAACAAAUGAUAAAAAUUUCAAAAUGGUCGAUACGAUACGAUAGUAAGGAACCCUUCGUGUGCGAGUUCAACUCGCAGUUGACCGUUUUUUCUGCUUUGUAGAACUGACUGACGCGAAAAGUGCGCGAUGGUAGAACGGGCUUAAGUAUAAUGAGUCUAAUUAAUUAUAUUAUCGGUUUGAAAGAAUAAAGGAUAAAACAUAGAAGUAUUCCGUACGCUCCAUUAUGUCGUAUCGAAACUCCACCUUAGAGGGCAUGCAUUUAUACUUUACGCAACGUGUCUUUAAUUCGAUUAUAACUCCGUAACUGUUACUUCGAGUCGGCCAACCAAGCCAUUAUAAACAUCAAUAGCUCAACAGUUAAAGGUUGGAAUCCCAUCAGUUGCACUAUUUUGUAGUGCCUACCUGUCCUAGCACAACACGGUCUCUAUUUUCAAAUGGUGUGACACAUGCGUCUUCUAUGUUUUAUCCUUCUUUAUUUUAUAUCUUGAUAAGAAUUUUAUUGAUAAGAUAAGGAUAUAAUAUUUUAUACUAUUGAUGUCUAGUCGUAAAAAUAAAUAUGUUUUAUAUUUUG